UCUGCAUAACCAUUCAAUGGUUCCUGCUAAUAAGAGACACCUUAUUAGGUCACAUAGGCACAUUUCAAAAGAACAAUUGGCUUUUCUUACUACUUUUACUUGUAGUGGCACGAAGCUUGCUGAUGUUCUUAGAGCUAUGAGGAAAGAAGUUGGUGGUGAGGCGAAUUUAGGCUUCACUGUUCCUGACGCGUAUGAUGCUGUUUUGGCAGAGAAGAAGAAAAAGUUGGAUGGUUGUGAUUCAAAUCAGUUGAUCAGAUGGUUCGCUAUGAGGCAAGCUAAAGAACAUGAUUUUUAUUAUGAUUUUCAAUUGAAUGAAGAGAAUCAGUUGAUCAAUUUUUUUUGGAGAGAUGGAAGAAUGCGGUCUGAUUAUGAGGCUUUUGGUGAUUUAUUGAUUCAUGAUACAACUUAUCGUACUAAUAAAUACGAUAUGAUUUGUGGGCCUUUUGUUGGAAUGAAUCUUCACACUCAAAAUAUCAUGUUUGGAGUGGGUUUUAUAUUGAAUGAGAAGGCAGGUACUUUUGACUGGCUUUUUAAUUCUUUUUUGACUUCAAUGGGAGGGAAGCAACCUGUGACUAUCAUGACUGAUCAAUCUUCUGCCAUGGACAAGGCUAUAAGGGAAGUGUUUCCAAAAUCGAGGCAUCGGUUGUGUACAUGGCACAUUGGGGAAAAUGCUAAACAUCAAAGGUGUUAUGGCCAAAGAAGUCUUUUGGCUGAUUACAAUUGCGCUAAACAUUCAUGGAUAAUAAGAUUAAAUAGUUUGAAGGAGAAAUGGUGUCCUGCAUAUAACAAAGAUUGGUUUUCUGGGGGUGUUUUGUCUUCUCAAAGGAGUGAGACUACAAAUCAUUAUAUUUCUAGGAGGUUGCAUAAAACGAAUGGUUUAUGUGAUUUUUAUAAGUGUUUUUUAGAUGUAAUUGAUGAAUGGAGAAGUAAGGAGAACAAGGGAGAUUAUAAUUCUUCUAUUGGAAAUAGAUAUUACGCAUGUGCGGAUAACAUGUUAUGUUUGCAUGCGCGGGAUGUGUAUACCAUUGCAAUAUAUUUGAUAUUUGAGCAACGAUUCAUCAAAGCAAUUGGUUUGAGGUGUCAACGCAUUUCCUAUGAGUUUCCAGUUUCUAAGUACAUUGUUGGGCAUCCUACAAAGGAUUUUAUUAGACAUGUUGUGAUGUUUAAUGAGCAAGAGAUGGUUGUUGAUUGUACUUGCAAGUCAUAUGGAGAGAUAGGAGUUCUUUGUUCUCAUAUUCUUCGAGUUUUCAUUGUCCAUAAUGUCGAAGAGAUUCCCAAAAAAUACAUUAUGAAGAGAUGGACCAAAAAGGCUAUGAACACGAUUGUUGAAGAAGGAGAAGAUAGAGAUAAUGAAGUAAGUGUUGUUUCUGCUUCAGUUUGGAGGAUGCAAAGCAUAAGAAAUUGCAUUAAAGUUAUAAAUGAAGCUCAACAUUGUCCGGCUGCAAGGAAGCUUAUUGAUUUGGGUGUGUUGGAUAUGUCAUGCAAAGUAAAGGAGUAUAUUGGUGGUGUUGAAGGGGAUGGUAAUGUAUCAAACAAGUAUGUGCGAGAAGAAACUCUACUUGAUGUCGUUGAGCCUUCAACAGACACAGUUUUGCCGGAUGUUGUGGAACCGAUUGCUGAAAAAGUCAUUCCAACAAUGAUUCAAAAUCCACCAAAGCGAAAGAGGAAGAUUAAGAACGGGACUGAAAAGGCUAAUGAGAGGAAUGUGAGACCUAAUGGAAUUGUUGAGAAGAAACGCAAUAAACUGAAAGGUUGGAACAAGAGAAGAGAAAGACAUGUUGAUAAUUUGAGGGAGGAAACUCAGUCUACUGAUCAGUGUAUCAUAAAUUUACCUGUUGGUGGGGUUUUGGUUCAUCCAACAUCUUCAAAUUCACAAUUGGAAGCAUAUGUUCCAGAUGAUUAUUUUGGAGUACACAUACAACCUUUGUAG